GUGAACAAAACGGUGGUGGGUAUUGUUUUCUGAUUCUCCACCUCCAGUCCAAGCUAUCAGUUCCCCAAAAGAAAACGAAGGCACAACUCGAGAAAAGUAAGUGCGUAGAAGCUGAAUAGGCCAGGAAGAUUUUCUUGGCUUCCUUUCCUUUCUUGAUGCCGCGUGGUGUGGUUUUGUGAAUUGUUGAAUACGUGAGAGAAAAGAAUUGGGUUGGGCUGAGAAGAGAGAAAGAGAUGGCGGACUCGAAGGCUGCGUUGGAGGAUUCGGCCAAGAAUGUAGAGGAAGAAGUCGGGAGAGUGGUGGAGCUGGCGAAGGAGCUCCAAGAUUCGGCCUCGUCUUUCAUGUCCAAGAGCUCCUCCGAUGAGCAAACUCUUCGUCACAGCGCACUUUCCCUCGACUCUUCCAUCCGCCGCCUCUGUUCGUUGCUACGUUCUCUCCUCUCCCAUAACCUUAUCGAUCCUAAGUUAGCUGACAAGCUCCAAGAAGAAUUGGAGAGAGCGAGAUGUAUCAUGGUUGAUGGAGACGCCGCUUCCUUCCUUCCUGGCAAAACUCAGGGCGGGUUUCUGAGGAUGUUUCUGGGUCCAAUUAAUGUGCGUGCCUCUCGUAAAGACGUUCAGUUGAAGGUUAAAGAGGAGUACAACAGUUACAGAGAUAGAACCGCCCUUCUGUUUCUCCUUUUCCCCUCAAUUCUACUUAUUCUAAGAUCUUGGAUUUGGGAUGGGUGCCUGCCAGCAUUUCCUGUUCAGCUGUACCAGGCUUGGCUUUUGUUCCUCUACACUGGUUUGGCAUUGCGAGAAAACAUUUUGAGAGUGAACGGAAGUGAUAUUCGUUCAUGGUGGAUAUACCAUCACUACUGUGCUAUGGUUAUGGCCCUUGUUAGUCUCACAUGGGAGAUUAAAGGACAACCUGAUUGUGCACAAAAGCAGAGAGGGGUUCAACUUUUCCUACAAUGGGCUAUGAUGCAAGGAGUUGCGAUGCUUUUGCAAAAUAGAUAUCAACGCCAAAGACUUUACACUCGUAUUGCAUUGGGAAAGGCUAAGAGGAUGGAUGUUGUCUGGGGAGAGACGGCCGGCGUGGAUGGCCAACUGUUGCUCUUGUGUCCCAUACUUUUUAUUUUACAGGGAUUUGAGGCGUAUGUGGGGCUACUGUUGCUCAGGACCGCAUUGAAUGGGGUUGUUUCUGAAUGGCAGGUAUUUUUUUGUGGGAUCCUUUUCGUUACAAUGGCUGUUGUGAACUUUGCAAAUACAGUACAGACGCUCAUUGUCAAGUCAAGGUUUAAGGCAAAGAUGAAAAGAAGCAAGAGCAAGCAGGACCUGCGGUAGAUCAUCCUAACUAUCAGGAUUAUUCUUUUUCCUAAAGCUUUUUUUAACAAAAUUCCAUUUCGGAUCCUUUUUCCUGGGUCUCAAACGUGUUUUCUUGAAGGCUAAGGCAGUAGAAGUUGCUCCAUAAAUCAUCAUUUUGACUUGUAUGAUGUAGGAUUUGAGAACCUCUUUCAAAAAAAAGUCUUGAGAAUGAAUGCGUUUGACAGAAGCGUGUAAAGGUUGUUGCAAUUUUUAAUGAUUUUCAUGUAGUACAAUUCGGCCCACAUGAUCUGCCCCACUCUGUAAUUAUUAUAUGUUCUUCUCUUUGCAUAAAGUUGGGAGCCAAAGUUAAAGAUCCUUUUAUGUGAAAUCAGAUUGUACCCUUCACUCAUUAAUAUAGUGUUGCUGCUAUCACGUUUUAUGAAA